AAGGGUUACAGCGUUUGAAAAGACUGGCCCCAGUCUGACAGCAUCACAGUAUUUGACUCCUCAGAGUUGGCUGCGAUGAGCGCGCUGCGCGUUCUGGUAGCCACCCGCGUGAACGAGCCUACACCGUCCGUGACAAUCCCCUCUCAUCUCUUCUCAGUAUCAUCAUAUAAGCAAAGAAAAGAACACACGGAAAUAAGAUGUUAGGAAUGAACCAGGUGGUUGCAACAUGCUGGACUUGCCUCCUACUCUCUGCUUUCCUGUGCGAGCCUGCGCUGUGCAAGGGCGGCCGUGGAGGGUCCCGGGGCUCCUCUCGAGGAUCCCCCUCUCGCAGCUCCACAGCGGGGACUUACCGGGGCGGAGGCGCCUACGGUGGGACCCGCUCUCGCUUCAGGGUGGCAGGGCGAACCUCCCCGGUGAGGGUGGCAGGUGCAGCAGCAGCGGGGGCAGCGGUGGCGUUAACGGCGGAUAAAUGGUACGCCUCCGCCUACCGCCGCAGCAACGCCGACAGCUCAGAGGAGGAGCUGGAUUAUUACAACAGGACCAAUUACUUUGAUGCUCAAAUGUCAGGCUCAACUCAAAACGGAUCUUCUCUCUCUCAGCUGGUUUCUAUCAUUAUUGCAACGUUUUCCCCAAAAUAUGGACUCUUACUGGACACUAUACUGUAGAUGUCCUGGGUAUUUUUAUAAAGGAUAAAUUCCUGAUUCGGUUCAGGACUAAGCUUCUUGUCCUGGAUCUGACUAUCAUGUGCAGGACUGGCUGGAACCUGCACUGGGAAGACCAGUUAGAGGUGCAAUGCAGUGGUGGAAGAACACCACCAUCACAAAAACAUCACCGUACUGUAUGUUUUUACACAUCUAAUCUUCUAUACCAAGAGACAAAUAUACAUUACCAGCAUAGUAUUCAAUGUGACAUUUCACAUGCUCAUUCGUUAAAUCUACUUCAAUCUGUGUGACAGAAACUGGGGCCAAAACUCGAGAAUAAUCAGAAUUAGUUUCUUUCCCUAAAUCUUGAGUAUGAUCAAACUGCUGGCUGCCAGUUUUAACUGUACUGCCAAACUCAACUUUAUCUUAAAAAUCUUUAUUUUCAUAAAAUACACAAAAAAUAAAAAAGCAACUGACCGCCAUCACUGCUCUGUGCAACUGAGGUAAAUUAUUUGUAUAUAUUAGCUGACCUGGGUAUAAAUAUAAAGCCUGGACUUGCAGCAGGCAGGUGACUAGUCAUUCCAUAAAGCAAAAGCACCAAGUUGACACCAGCAUUAUUCUGAAAUUAAAACUGGUCUUUUCACUUUUAGAAAGGACAAUUAGUGCAUUUCUCAAUUUGUGACCUCAACAAAUAUGAAGCUUUUUCACUCCAUUCUUUUUGCAAAACUUCAAAAUCUUACUCAGUGACCUGAACGAUUUAUGGCAGCAGUCACUGUUGUGGCCAUAAAGAUGAUUAUCCACACUGAGAGACAGCAAAUGGGAAUAGUAAAGAAGCUAAAUUGUAUUUUCCACAGUCAUCUCAAAUUUCUGUGCAAUUCAUAGCCUUUUAUAACACCUAUGAUGUUGCCAAUUAAUUCCUCAGACCUGUGUAUAAACUGUGCCAUGGUUGGGAGGGACACUAGAGAACAAACUGCUACUCUCACUGUUUUCAUGUCUCUGAAGGUUUUCACUGGUCUGUCCAUCAUCCCAGAAGAGCUUUUUAUCCGCAGUAGACACUCAGGAGCAACAGACUGUUCCAUAUCUAUAAGUGCACUCUAUUAUAUGCUACUACACUUAUGUACAUAAUAAAUAAAGAGUUUGUUAUCACUGUCUUUAUGCUAAUAAAUAUCCUGUUUACACCA